AUGGCCUGGACAGAUCAUGCCAGGUUUCUUUUUGUCAUCACUUUGGUCUUACAGGCCAUCCACUUGGGAAAUGGUUUUGAUCAAAAAGAGAAACCAAAAGGCGUUGGAAGAGAACAAAUCAAUUCAACAGCCCAAAAGCAACAGCUCCCAAAUCAUAACACUUCUUUGAAUAUCGUCAGAGACCUGAACAGGAGUUCUGAGAGCCCCAGACAGCUCCAUUCCGGGUCAUUUAUUCCUUUUGUUGGGUUUAGAGAUGGUACCAGACACUGCUGUCAAAAUGGAGGGACCUGUAUCCUGGGCAGUUUUUGUGUUUGUCCAAGGUACUUUGUUGGGCGACACUGUGAACAUGACGAACGAAAAAGUAACUGUGGUGUCUUUGCCCAUGGAGACUGGGUCUACAAGGACUGCUACCUUUGUAGGUGUAUCUAUGGGAAGCUUCACUGUUUCAGAGACCCAACGUUAAACAACUGUGGAAUUAAGUCUUAUAAGAUGGUCAACAUGGCAGUGAAAAGUAAAUGUCUGAUUUGUCCUGGCCAAAGCUACUGGGUGAUCUGGUGCUCUGCAAUAGGACAACCAGCACCCACCUCAUUUCUUCCAGUUCACUGCAUUUGGAAAAGAUAG